CGGGGCCCGGGGGAUCCGGGGCAUCAGGGUGGACUCGUUGGUUCCGGCUGAAAGCUGUCGUCAUGGUGGCCCCCGUGGUGUACUUGGUGGCAGUGGCUCUGCUUGUCAGCCUUAUCUUCUUCCUGACCCGCAUCAGGGGCCGGGCAACAGCAGCUGGCCAGGAGUCCUGGCACAACGAGGAGCAGCCCGUCGCCCCAGGCUCAGUGGCCCAGCCUCGGCCCCUGGAGUCUGAGGAGCAGAGAGCAGGGGCCAGGCCCCGGCGCCGGAGGGACCUGGGCAGCCGCCUGCAGGCCCAGCGUCGAGCCCAGCGGGUUGCCUGGGCAGAGGUGGAUGAGAAUGAGGAGGAGGCCAUCAUCCCAGCCCAGGAAGAAGAAGGUAUCGAGAAGCCAGUGGAAAGUCACCUGUCAGGGAAAAUUGGAGCCAAGAAACUACGGAAGCUGGAGGAGAAACAGGCGCGCAAAGCGCAGCGUGAGGCAGAGGAGGCUGAACGGGAGGAGCGGAAACGCCUUGAGUCCCAGCGUGAGGCAGAGUGGAAGAAAGAGGAGGAGCGCCUUCGCCUGGAGGAGGAGCAAAAGGAGGAAGAAGAGAGGAAGGCCCGGGAGGAGCAGGCCCAGCGGGAACAUGAGGAGUACCUGAAAUUGAAGGAGGCCUUCGUGGUGGAGGAGGAAGGUGUGGGCGAGACUAUGUCUGAGGAACAGUCCCACAGCUUCCUGACAGAGUUCAUCAACUACAUUAAGCAGUCCAAGGUUGUGCUCUUGGAAGACCUGGCUUCCCAAGUGGGCCUGCGGACUCAGGACACCAUAAACCGCAUCCAGGACCUGCUGGCUGAGGGAGCUCUGACAGGUGUGAUUGACGACCGGGGCAAGUUCAUCUACAUAACCCCCGAGGAACUGGCUGCCGUGGCUAACUUCAUCCGACAGCGAGGCCGGGUGUCCAUCACUGAGCUAGCACAGGCCAGCAACUCCCUUAUCGCCUGGGGCCGGGAGACCCCUGUCCAGGCCCCAGCUUGACCCAGCCCUACCCUUUUGGACUGGGAGCUGGUACAGCCUACCUGGCCAUACAUCUUGGUCCCUCCCCACCAUCCUGGGGGAGAGAUGGAAUGUGGCCAGACAGUUAUAGAUUAAAGGCCUGUGAGCGCUGCUGAGCUUGGUGUGGCUUGGUGUGACAGAAGGCCUGGCCUGAGAUCCCAGAUGAGCAAGGGAAGCCUAGUCCUCAAAGUAUAUCAGGGGCAGGUAGGGGGCGGGAGGAGCCGGAGGUGAAAGUUCCAUUCUUGUGCACUCAUUCAUUUAAAAAGAAUAUUGAGCAUUUACUGUGUUCCUUUGUACCCUUCAAAGAUGAGAUCUUUCUCUCCCUCCCUCAGAGCAACCUUCCCAGAGCAAAAGUGAGCAACCGUAGGGCCGGCCACCUCUCCCCUAAAUGGGGAGGGAGGUCUCACGGUUGCUUAGAUAGAUGGAUUCAGGAGCCCUACAGAGUGCUGAGAGCCCUUAAGGAGAAGAGUGAAGUGCCUAGGAUAGAAUCCUGAGGGACAUCAGCCUUUAAGAGGGAGGGAAGAGCGGUCAGCGAGGGAGAGAGGCUGGGCAGGUAGAAGGAAGUGGGGAACCUGCUUGAGCUGGAUGGAAUUGUGCAGUGGAGAGAUCUGCUUCGUACAGUCCAUUGCAUGAAUUUAGCUCUAUAUCGUCAACAAAGUUUAAAUGGUGUGGGUGAUUCCACCCACCGGUGGAUGUAAGGACCAUAUGCUUAGGAGUGGGUGUCAGAUGGCAGAUGUGUGUCUCCUGUAGGGUCAGUCACUCUAGUUCCUGUGGGCUGUUCCUGGCGUGAGCAUCCUGCUGUGCUGAGGGUGAGGCAUGUGUUAAAUGUGUAUUUUUUAUGCAAGGUUGCCCCUAAACAUAAGCCACCUACGUCCUCUGGUGCCUGGUAGAGGAGGCAGCUUUCUGUUCUCACCCUGAAGGAAACCAUGUGGAUGCUGAUGGGGAGACAGGACAUCAGGCAUUAGGGUGGAGCAUUCCCUAGUGUUGUCAAGGAUGAUUUUGACUCAUUUGGAGCCAUAAGCAUGAACUAUAGUACCUAAAUUCCAAGUGACAUGUGACUCUGCUGCUUCCGUCUGCAGCGGGCACUUGGAGUCACCUGAAGCUGGGAAGGGCCACGUGCAUUGUUUGGAAGCCCAUAAUCCAGAAGGAGAGGGAAGAAACAGAGGUACCGAUAGAAUGAGAAAGAAACAUAAAAAGUAAAGUCCCCACUGGAAAGGGCUUCUUACAGAGCAAGGUCUCCUCUGUCCUUCUCAUCAGUUGUCCUCGGCUACUGCUAUCCAGGUGGCAGGAUGACUAGCAGUCUUAGCACCUGCAUUCCACCCUCAGGAUCCAGUGCACAGGCCAGGAGUGAGGAAAAGGCACAUCCCUUCCUCAAAUCCUGGAAGCCUUCGAAAACCCUUUAUGUCCCAAGGGCUUAUUGUGGAGGAAAAAACCUGUGACCCUGUGUGAAUUAUUUAGUGAUCAACCUGCUAAUCUAAUCUGUUUAUCAAAUGAGCAGUUCUUGAAACAGUGAUUAACAUUUUUCUAAAUAUGUAGGAAGCGCUUUUACAAUUAGCACAUGAAAACGUUCAGGUUUAACCACUUGUUUUUCAAGCGUGUAAACAAUUAUUACUUAAUUACUUCUAAGCAUCUAAAUUCCCCAGAUUUAAUACAUGAACUUAUUUUAAAUGCUUUUACAUCUCAGAAAGUAGAUGUGGUGUUAAAACAAGAGCAUUACUGAUCUGUAUGUGUGAUACUGAAACUGAUCAUAAAUAUUUCAAUAUCA